CUAAACAUCAAGCCAAAAUCGUCUGACGCAAUGGCAGCACAGCGCAUGCGUCUAUAUACCCUCCUCGCUAGCUUUGUACAUAGCACUCUCGCUGUGGACUGUAAGCCUUUGACCAUAGUUUUGUUCUAGCUCCUAUAUAUAGGAUCCUGGAGUGUUGUCAACAUGGGGGAUAAGGUAAGCAAGCUUCUGUAUAGAACAACGGUGGUGUACGUUGAUAAAUACAAGGAUGUUACUGACACAAAGGUCAGUGAAGCAAAGGAAAACAAAGCUAAAGAGCUAAGAGAGCAAGCUGAGAGGGAACUCAGAGAAGUAGAAGAAGCUAACAGGCAAGACCAGGAAAGGCGAAGACAGCAGCAACAACAGGAGGAGCAGGACCAAGAGAGGGAAGCAGAACGUCUCAGACGACUUCAGCAGGAAUCAGUCAGGGAGAGAAGACAGCUUCUUCAGUACAACUUUGGUGACAAGCAUGGUUUGCGUCACUUUGCAUCCAUUGACAUACGCGACAUGCAGACAAGUGGUCGUGGCUUACGGAUUGGCAUAUUCGGGCCAUCCGGGUCUGGAAAGAGCAGCUUCAUCAACACUUGUGAGCGUGUUAUGAAACAGACCAAAAAAGGAACUUGUGACACCCAAACAACGGGAGAGGAAGGCACAAUUCUCGUCCAAGAGUACCUUGACGACAUAGGGAGCAACUUCUGCUUGGUCGACACACGCGGCUUCUUCAACUACGGCAAGAAGGAGUACGAUGCCAUGACUAACAUCGUAUUUGGACGGAUCAAACCAGGCGAGAUGAUCGACAUCGAUGAUGCUGUGCUAGUUGAUAAAAGCCGGGACAUCUUCCCCGACUAUCUUCAUGGCAUAGUUAUUGUAUUGUCAGCCAAAGACCCACUACUUCUUGACGGGACAUACACAACUAACCUGAACACGAUUCGAAGCUUUAUGAAACCAAAGGGCAUAUCCCCAAUAACUGUUGUGACGCACGUUGACCGGGUCCAAGACAAGAGUGAACUGGAGAGGAUCAAACUAAAGGCAUCCGCUGCAACAGGAAGCCCUCCAAACCACGUCUGCUUCAUUGAGAACUACCACUCCCCAGACAAGGGCAGAGACUUCAACAUCGAGCUCCAGGCGAUGAAAAUACUAAACGCUGCACUCUUAGUGGGGGAGAGAUACGUAAAGAUUCACAAGCAGCAACAACAGUACGCUGCAGAGGCAAGGCAAGCAACUGGUGUAGAGUCUAUCGAUGGCUUCUUUCAUAGGCUUUGUCAAACCAAGAGCAUCCCGCAUGACAAGGUCGGACCAACUGUUGCUGCCUUGAAGGAAGAAGACAUUACAACUACCAAACUGUUUCGAGACAACUGGGACGAGUUGGAAAACGACCUGCCAAUUAGUUCUAGAAUGAAAACAUACAUCAAAGACGCCUUGUUUGAAUAAGCUACGCCAUCCCCUCAAAACUAAAGGACGUUCUAACAAUGUUGUUUCAUUGGUACUAUAUAACGUUUUGUCAUAAUUGGACGCUAAAGUUUUUUUUUAACCAACUCAUUGUUUCAUCUGAAGUUUUAUUGACUGCCAAAACUAACAUCAUCAAUUUUUCUAGCUUAAAAAUGCUGAUUAUUGGCUUGUGAUAGAAGGUACUACAAAUCAUCAUUAUUAUUGCAACAAUAUAGAACCAUUAAAAUGUUUGACAAUUUGAUGAUUGCGAUGAUGUAAUUGUUAGUUGAAGUCGUUAACGACUGCAAGAAGAGGACCUGCUAGAUUGUAAACGUUUAGGAUUUUUAGGAUGUUUAGCCUGAGGAU